UGGUCGCUGCCGCCCAGCACGGCGCGCGCCUCCUUCUCGAGCUCUUCGUUCUCGGCCAGCACCUCGGCGAGCGACACCACAGGCUCCUCCGCGCUCCUUUCCCCUUCUUCGCCGCCCACGUCGUCGCUAGGUAGGCCAGAGCUAGACGUAGCUGUCUCUUUGUCCAUUCUUACUGACGCAGUCAGUUUCUUCCACCCGCCGUAUAGACGACGACGAGAAAGGAAGAGGAAGAAAAGGCGGGAAAACGCUAAACAGCCACCAGGGAGCGCCCCGCGCGCGCCGGAAGCGGAAAAGAGGAUCGGCGUUUAUCUAGACGUAAAAAGGGCCGCGGGUGGGGGAAGCGGGAGACGCACGACAUCAAUAGGGCUCACGUGGGCGUUGGAGACCAAUCACAAGAGGAAGGAGGGAAUUGAAGACAAUACUACUUCAUACGUAAAAAAAAGGUGGUUAGGAGCGUGAACCAAGUGGGAAGAGCUAGAAGGGUCGUUACCAGGAUCUUUCUGUAAUGAUUGGCUGCCUAUUUCCCGCGGGAACUGCGCGAGCGAGUGAUGGAGUUGCGGGCAGAAUUGACCAACCGGGAUGGGCUGAAGCGGCCUUUGCGGGUUCGCUGCGAACCUCAGGGAGAGCUGCGGGGCCUGAUCAGUGGUCUCGCUCAGCUCCGGGAACAAGUCUCCGCGCUCCUUGGCCCUCUGGUGCAGCAGGAGAGCGGCGCCGGCGACCAACCUGGGCCUGAAAGUAAGGAGAGUGUGAGGGGCUCCACAGGUGAUGAAGAUGAACAGGAUGAGGAUGAUGAAAAUCAUGUUAAUGCCAAAGCAUGUUCUGAUGGACCACCAUUAAAACGGGCAAAAAUACAGUCCUGAUGAAAACUACACACUUUUUUUUUACUUUUUUUUUUUUUAGUUUUAUCCGAGACACUUUUCUCCCCAGGAAAAAUCCUGGGCUAAUUUGGUAACUAGAAACAUACAGUACUGUCCUUUUUAUUGCUUACUAUUACUAAGAACAAAAGAGAAGUUCAUUUGUGAAUAUUAAGUGAAAUGAUGAAACAACCAAAUAAAAUAGCUUGUCUAUGAGAUGGC